AUGGUCCUACGCAAAGAUGAGCUGGAGGCCCAGAUGAGGGACGAGCAUCAGCUGAUCCAGGAUGGGAUAUUGAAGGAUGACAGCCCUCUUGACGUCAGCGUGGACUUCCAGAAGCUCUGCAAUGCCUGUCGAAUUGGAGAUCUCAAAGGCUGUCAAGAAGCCGUGGCAAGCGGUGUCAAUAUCAAUGCUCGAGAUGUAUUUGACUACACUCCCUUGAUCUUGGCCAGUCUCUGCGGGCAUUAUGAGGUAGUACAGUUCCUACUAGAAGCCGGUGCCCUAUGCGAGCGAGAUACCUUCCAGGGCGAACGAUGCCUUUACAACGCCUUAAACAAACGAAUCCGAAAUCUUCUCUUGCAAUACGAUUACUCCAAGAGUACCGACCCUCUCCAGCCGCUCGCCUCCCACAUUACCGCACUCCUGACCCGGCAGACGCCCAAAACUUCAGACAUCUGCCUAACCGCAGCCUCUGAAGUCUGGAAUCUUCACAAGUUUGUUCUAUCGGCACGGUCGCCAUACUUUCACAAGAAACUCACGACGUCCCCGGAAACUACGGUCUGGAAACUGGCGAGCACAAUCCCUCCCGAGUCUUUCCAAAUCGCUAUACGUUAUCUGUAUUUAGGGGACGUACCCGCGGACCUUGGCUUGUCGAGUAGGAGUUUUGUGACAGAGGAAGAAGUACUGAAGGGUAUCGACAGAGUAAGCAAGCAACUAGAAAUCGAAUCCUUGUGGGAUGGAAUUCUUGCCGGAAGCGACAGAAGGAUAGCACGGCAACGGCACCAAGAUGAGGUUAAGCGAGGCCGGGAUCAGAUUGAAACUUGGUACCGAAACAAUGUCCUCAAACACAAAAUCUCGGUGGCUCAGAGCAAGGCAAGUGCCGUGAAAUGGUCAAGGGAAAAUAGCAUAUUUGCAGAUGUAUUGCUCCGAGCAGAUGAAGGGCGGAUGGGGGAAACAGAGUAUGAGGACGAGACUUCGAGAAUGGAAAAUGCGAUAGAACCUCUAAGUGGAAUCCCUAUUGGUCCAUCUGCCACAUCCCUUUCCCUGCCGCCGUCACAAACACCAAAGAAUUCGAUUCUAUUUCCAGCUCAUCGUGCUAUGCUAUCAAGAUCUGAAUAUUUCCAGACCAUGUUCGCGUCCUCCUUCAAGGAAGCACAAGUCACGGACUACCUUCAGAUUAUCAAGGUUGAUUGUGCUCCAGAAGUUCUUGAGAUUGUCUUGAACUUCAUUUAUACCGAACAGACUCAUAUUCCAAUCGAUCUCGCUUUGGAUGUCCUGUUCGUGGCCGAUAUGCUGCUCAUAGACAGGCUCAAGGCGAAAGCAGCUACCGUUAUAAGCACUGUGGGCAUGGGAACGGGGACUCUUGUAGAUCGGACAUAUCUCGAGAAUGGUGAGGAUCAGCAGAUCGAGGUAGAGCCAAUAAAUGUCUAUGAUGUGAUUCGAGCUGCUUGGGAUCUGAAGGUGCAGCGUCUCGAGGAAUUUAGUGCUAGGUAUUUGGCGUUUAGAUUAGAGCACUACAUCGACGAAGAAGAUUUUGAAGAAUUGAUCAAAGAGAGCGCCUCUCGAAUUCGAAAUAGACAGGAAACAGACACAAUCGAACUGCUUGACGAUAUCCGACAUUAUCUAAAUGAUCGAUUUCGCCUCCGGUUCGAAGAUUCUGGCCUCGAGGUCAUGUUGUCCGAGGAAGAAAACCAAGAGGGCGGUGUCCAAGCCGGCUCGGACGAAGAAGGUCUUGAUCGGAGCACGCUGCAAGAAAGCAACGCCCCCGACAGUGUCUCCAAACCAUACCCCAAUGGACAGAUCAGAACACUGGACGGGGAAGUCGCGGGUGAUGAGUUUGCGGCCGAUGCGAUCAAUUACCAAGUCUUGCUCGAGAAAAUCGACAGGCUGUUGGACAAGCUGAAGCUCGACGCAUAG